AAUACGACACGAGGAGUAAAAACUACCCCGCUAAUGCACAGGUUGCACUAGAAAUAUUUUCUACCCGUGGGUCCUACUAGUGAGGCAAAAACCUUUGAAGGGUCCCAAUCCCAAGCCAUGGGGGCCACCUACCAUUCAACCGUUAACUACCAGUCUUUCCCAGACAGAGCCACAAUGAGUUGAGUUGAGUUGAGUUGAGUAACCGAUUCAUGAUCAACCCAAAAGCCCCAAUUCCCUCUUCCUCGUCUUCACUUCCACAACUUCUUCGUUGCUUCACCAUUUUCCUCUACUCCAUUAUUUCCAUGCUCAAGGGCAAGCUCAAGCUCCCAGAGAAGGCUCGGAAAGCCUUCCCCGACCGCCUCGGCAGCUUGGUUGUCGGUUUUGAUGACAGAGAAGAAGAUAAUGCUGGGCUCGGUUCGGUGUUCGAUUUCGGAGAGGAGCUCGAGACGUUUCAGCCAAAUGGGUUCAGUUCGAAUAGAGAGAGUGAUCGCAAUGAGGGCGAUGGUGAUGGCUUUGAUGACGAGAAGAUGGGUGGAGUCGGAGAAUCGGAUUUAAGGGCCCGACAGAGACCCGAAAGAGAGUCAGGUUCGAUUUCGGUUUUGCAAGCCAUUGCAGCCGAGGAGAAAAGAUCUGAUCUUGAGCAUGAGCUCUCUCAGCCGGAGAUAAAUUUGGAAAAAUUACAAAGAGUUGCUGCUACAGGGCUCCCUGAUGGAGGAAGUUUGCGUGCAACAACUUGGAAGCUACUCUUGGGUUAUCUACCUUCUUCUCGUGAUAUAUGGGAAAAAGAGCUGGCGGAAAAUCGACAAAAAUAUGCAAAGCUUAAAGAGGAGCUUCUUUUGAAUCCUGCAGAAGUCACAAGGAGAAAAGAUGGAGCUAUGAGUUCUGGUGAUAACCAGCCUGCUGACAGUGACAGUGAUAUUGAUGGACCACUCAAGCGGCAUGAAAUUUCCCAGGAAGAUCACCCUUUAAGCCUUGGUAAAGGUAGUGUUUGGCAUCAAUAUUUUCAGCAUACAGAAAUUGCAGAACAGAUAGACCGUGAUCUGCAGCGCACUCACCCUGAUAUGAAAUUCUUCUCAGGGGACUCAUCGUUCGGUAGGAAAAAUAGGGAAGCAAUGAGAAACAUUCUUCUCCUAUUCUCAAAACUCAAUCCAGAAAUCCGUUAUGUGCAAGGCAUGAAUGAAGUCUUGGCUCCUAUAUUCUAUGUAUUUAGUACUGACGCUGAUGAGCAAAAUUCUGCAAAUGCAGAAGCAGAUAGCUUUUCUUGUUUUGUUCGGCUUUUGAGUGACUCAGUAGACCACUUCUGCCAACAGCUGGACAACAGUUCAGUUGGCAUACUUUCCACUCUUUCCCGCUUGAUGGAAUUACUGAAAGCUAAUGAUGAGGAGCUAUGGAGGCAUCUAGAGUUCACUACAAAGCAGGUGAAACCGCAAUACUAUGCAUUCAGGUGGAUCACAUUACUGCUUACUCAGGAAUUCAAUUUCCAGUCCAUAUUGAGAAUUUGGGAUUCACUCCUUAGUAAUACUUUCGGUGUUCAGGAUAUGCUUUUACGGCUAUGUUGUGCUAUGCUGAUAUGCAUGAAAGGUAGGCUUUUGAGUGGUGAUUUUGUGGCUAACUUAAAGCUUUUACAGCACUAUCCUGAAAUAAACGUAGAACAUCUUCUCCAAGUAGCCCGGGAUCUUAGAGUCGACGCUUCUUCCUAUCAUUUUUCCAUGUAAUUUUAAUCCUAAAAAUCAGCCUUUUUUUGCAUAUAAUUUUUUUUUGGUAUUUUUUUUUUUUGACACGGUUUGUAACACCGAACAAGACAGAAAUGGUUGAGUGUAUCCCUCUUUUCCAAAACUUUUUCAUUGCGCCUAAAAAUGGGGUGUUACUCUUCAGUAAUGAGCAGGAUACAUUCAGCUUGAAAGCAUAAAUUCAC